GACAGACCCUGGGCCCUGGAUCACGAAAGGCGGAUACCACUCAGGCUGUUGGGAAACCCCAGGGCGGGCAGCAUGCCGGGCACCGGGAAAUGAGGUUGCACCGGCUUACCCAACAGUCAUGCAGUCAGAGGACCCUGGGGUCCCUGGUGCCCCAGGAGCUACCCAAGGGCCCCUGCUUGUAUCAGGAGCUAGUGAGGCCCUGGGUCCCCCAGGCCCGUCUUGAGCACAGCCCUUCACAGGCUGCUGGUCUGGUGUCCCUGUCCCCACCUCUGGCUGCAUCCUACCUACAGGGGGCACAUGACAGGCCUGAUGGCCCCCAGAGCAGCACCACAGCCCACCUCAGAUCCCGAAGGAGGCCUCAGGGUGGACGAGGCCCCUAGCUGUUUCCCUGCACUGUGCACCCAGGGAUCUGGACUCCUGCCGGCCACCCGGCAUGAGGGGGUUAAAGGGGCUGUCCCUUCAGUGGGGAAACACAGGGCAAGGGCGCCGGCCCAGCAGACGGCCCCCACUCACCGCCUGCUGCAGCCUGCUCUGCACGCGGGAUGGCCUGCAGGAAAGAUCCCCUCUCCCUGCAGGAGGCCUAGCCCUGGUGGCACUGCUGGUCUCCUGGGCAGCACUGGGCCCCUGCGGCCUGGAUGGAGCUGAGCCUAGAGUGCUGGUGGACACCGAGGGCCCCCCAUGCCCAGCCGUCUGCAGCUGUAGCUAUGAGGACGACACGGAAGAGCUCAGCGUUUUCUGCAGCUCCAGGAACCUCACGCGUCUGCCCGGUGGCAUCCCAGACGGCGCCAGGGCCCUGUGGCUAGACGGCAACAACCUCUCCUCUGUCCCCCCGGCAGCCUUCCGGAACCUCUCCAACCUGGACUUCCUCAACCUGCAGGGCAGCCAGCUGGCUGGCCUGGAGCCGCAGGCGCUCCUGGGCCUGCGGAACCUGUACCACCUGCACCUGGAGCGGAACCAGCUCCGGAGCCUGGCUGCGGGCUCCUUCGCGCACACACCCAGCCUGGCCUCGCUCAGCCUCAGCAACAACCUGCUCGGCAGGCUGGAGGAGGGCCUCUUCCGGGGCCUCCCGCACCUCUGGGACCUCAACCUGGGCUGGAAUAGCCUGGUGGUGCUGCCGGACACCGUGUUCCAGGGCCUGGGCAGCCUCCGUGAGCUGGUGCUGGCCGGCAACAAGCUGGCCUACCUGCAGCCGGCACUCUUCUGCGGUCUGGGUGAGCUGCGGGAACUGGACCUGAGCAGGAACGCGCUGCGGAGCGUCAAGGCCCACGUCUUCGGGCAGCUGCCCCGGCUUCAGAAGCUCUACCUGGACCGCAACCUCAUCACGGCCGUGGCCCCUGGCGCCUUCCUGGGCAUGAAGGCACUGCGCUGGCUGGACCUGUCGCACAACCGCGUGGCCAGCCUCCUGGAGGACACCUUCCCUGGCCUGCUGGGCCUGCACGUCCUGCGCCUGGCACACAACGCCCUUGGCAGCCUGCGGCCGCGCACCUUCAAGGACCUGCACUUCCUGGAGGAGCUGCAGCUCGGGCACAACCGCAUCCGGCAGCUGGCAGAGAAGACGUUCGAGGGCCUGGGGCAGCUGGAGGUGCUCACGCUCAACGACAACCAGAUCCAGGAGGUCAAGGUGGGCAGCUUCCUCGGCCUCUUCAACGUGGCAGUCAUGAAUCUCUCUGGCAACUGCCUGCGGAACCUCCCGGAACAGGUGUUCCGAGGCCUGGGCACGCUGCACAGCCUUCACCUGGAGGGCAGCUGCCUGGGCCGGCUGCGCCCCCAAACCUUUGCAGGCCUCUCAGGGCUGCGCAGACUCUUCCUCAAGGACAGUGGCAUCUCCAGCAUCGAGGAGCAGAGCCUGGGGGCGCUGCACUCCCUCCAGGAGCUGGACCUCACCUCCAACCAGCUCACGCGCCUGCCCCGUGGGCUCUUCCAGGGCCUCAGCCAGCUGGAGUACCUGCUGCUCUCCCGCAAUCAUCUGUCAGCCUUGCCGGCAGACAUCCUACGGCCCCUGCAGCGGGCCUUCUGGCUGGACCUCUCGCACAACCGCCUGGAGGUGCUGCCCCAGGACCUUUUCUCACCGCUGGGCCGGCUGCGCUACCUCAGCCUCAGGAACAACUCCCUGCAGACCUUCCUGCCGCAGCCCCCUGGCCUGGAGCGCCUGUGGCUGGAGGGCAACCCCUGGGACUGCCGCUGCUCCCUCAGGGCGCUGCGGGACUUCGCCCUGCAGAACCCCAGCGUCGUGCCUCGCUCGGUCCCCGCCAUCUGUGAGGGCGACGACUGCCGGCCCGGGUACACCCACAACAACAUCACCUGCGCCAGCCCGGCCGCCCUGGCGGGCCUCGACCUGCGGGACGUUGGCGAGGACCACUUUGCGCACUGCUGACCAGGGCUCCUGGCUUAGCGCCCCUGCCCAGCUUGCCCUACCCAUACGCUGCCCUCAGCUCCUGCGCUGCUCAGGUUGCUCGGGUGGGCACAGGCAUGUAUGUCCCCAGGGCCUGGUCAGGAGGGUGGGGCACAGCAGUGUUCCAGCUGCCAACAAUUAAAGUGAACCAGCAGACACAGCGUGUGACCCUCAGGG